GUAUUAUAUUUUUGUAAGGCCUUCGAUAAACACGAUCAUGACUUCCUUCGCCUUCAUUUUUGUUUGUGUUCAACUUUGCUUGAUUCAGAAUGCCUUCAGUCAAUGCUUGGGCGCUGGACCACUGGGCCCUGGUUAUGGUUACGGACCUGGCGUUGCUCCAGCAGUUGCAGCUGGCUUAGCUGGCCCUUAUGGCUUGGGGGCUGGUCUAGCUGCUUCACCGUUCGGCUUAGCUCCAACCGCUCUUGAAUUGGGUGCUCCCGGACCAUACGGCUUCGCUCCAGCUGCUAUUGAAAUAGCGACUGGAUAUGGUGGCACUGGUAUUGGUGACGUUGCCGUUGCUGGUGAAAUGCCAGUCGCUGGUACUACACUCGUCGCUGGACAAGUACCGAUCCUUGGUGCCGUGCACUUCGCUGGUGAUCUACCAGCAGCUGGUGUGGUUACAAUCUCUGGCAGUUGUGGCUGUGGAUGCGGUGGUCCUUACUAUUAUUAA